CAGUGGUGUGAGUGCUCGAGUGGGAGAUGGAGGCGCAUCAUUCCCUUGGCCUCACCUGUACCCACACUGACCUCAGAGUGCACGUGAACACUUGCAUUGGUGGAAGAAUUCAUCACUAGGUUGCAAUACGUCAUAUUAAGACGCACAAACCAUGAUCUCCCUGCAAGGAUAUUCUCCGAAAAUGUAAACAAAGUAACUUGAACAUUAUGUAAGACAAGACCUCCAUCAUAAUGUUUGUUCUUAACUCAGUCAGAGAUAACAGUCUCCUUAAACAUCUUAGUCUUCAGAUUACAAAUCUAAGAUCUUGGACAAAGGAGGAAAUAACGUGUCGUACCAUCUGUGGAGGUAAAGAGAUGGUCGAGAGUGAAGGGAAGGGGCACAAAGGCUCUUAUGAACCCCCUUUCUUAGUACCAUCUAGUGACAGAUCUUCGGAGAGAGUUACCAUGGGACGUCAGAAGAGAUUCUAACACCGCUGACCAGAUACAAAUCUGGCGGCACUAGUAAUACCACACACAUUCCUACACGCGACAUCCGCACCACCUACAUUACCGGGGACGACAGUAAUCACCCACAGGCAAAACCAUCUUCUUCAGAUGUGGACAGCAAGCCUUCACUGACAUCGGUGACAGCAUUGACCAGUGAUCCUCUGCUUCAACACCCGGCUGCCUUGCUACUUCCCUCCCCGUGCAAAGUGAUGUCUAGGUCUACGACUCCAUCCAGCGGCAGCAUCUCUCCGGAGGUGUUUUUCGACGCCCCUGACACUCCACUUCUCAACACACUCAUCCCAGACGCACUCGAUGUUCCCAAUACACUGCCUCUCAACACAGUCAACUCAAACUCAUUCAACACCGACGAAUUCCAUGAGUGCUUGGAGGACACUCAGGACUCGCGAGUGGAUGAAGGCAAUAUAAAUGGUGAUAAAGCCAAGGUUAAAGAUGACAUAGCUGUCACGGACGCUCACACGAGUUAUGGUGUCAAGAGCUCAGUGUAUCCGUGGAAAAAUGGAGAUAAUAACACUGUGGCGGAACACAUGGAAGAAACAGUGAACGGUGACAGUGAUGGAAAUAUGUGUUGUGAAUCUGUACAGAAAUUGGACUUUUUGGCAGAAUACAAACAUAAUGUAAAUGCAUUAAAAAUUGACAAUGACCUUAAGAACAAAAACAUCAGUUCAAAUUAUAGUGCUCAUGACGCCCUGCUCAAUGAAAAUAGGAAAGUAGUAAUAAAUGUGGGUAAACAGUGUGAUGCAAUUUGUGAAAGUAGGCUUAUUGAAGUGGGAAAUGUGGAAUCAACACAGAAUGUUUCAUCAAAUCAGACAAGGACCUGUGGGUGUAGCUGGGAAAACAGUACAUCUUCAGCUGCAGAGGAGUGCCAUAAUACACAUUAUGGUGGUGAUGUAUCAGAAACUGGAAGUGAGGCAGCAAGUCAGCUGCAGGUGGUAUCAAUCUCACUCGCCCCUGACACUGGCCACACCACCAGUGACGACCACUUCAGCAUUAAACCCACCAAAAGUGUCGUCCCUGUAUCGCUGCCACGCUAUCCCAAGGCAAGAUCAUCCUGGUGCACCGCACAGACGCAGCUAUCCAAUAUCGCCACAGCACAGAGCUCAGCUCUUUGUUUCCUUGACCACAGAGACACACAGUUAAUAAAUGAGUAUCAUAGUUCAGUGGUGGGUCAUAGUCAAACACCAGUAGCUGAAUACUCAGAAAACUUCCAAUUAUCUCAUGGCUUUCGAAGUGUGUGCCGCAAUGAAGCUGACGAGACGACAGCCUCACGCCUCUAUCUCUUUCCUGAGUUUGUGCCAGUACAAAAAAUACCGGGGAGUAACUUGCGGGAGGAAACUAGGAAGAUUGUGAUGAUGCUGGACAACGAUAAAGCAUGCAAAAUUCCAAGACCCAGUUUAGGUCUGCAGGACAGAGUACGAAACUUAGUGCAACAAUCUGUCAAGAAGCACGCUACCUAUAUUAAAGGACCAAGAUUCUGCAGCACCGUUGUUAAGAGCAUCGUCAAACAGUCUCAAGCCAGACUCCAGGGUCGCAGAGAUUCGUUUCAGGACUUUAUACAGAGACGCAAGGAGCAGGCUACCCAGAGAUUAUUUGCUAAACCAUUGCCUUGUUAUGGAAGUAUUGCCACGAGUUCCUACACAACUUCAGGGCCAAAAAAUGACGGUGCCAGUGAUAUCAAAAGUGUUAGCUGCACUGAUGAUCCAGGGGCGGUGUAUUACAAUAAAAGGGAUAUAGAUACAAGCACAAGUGCAGGUAAAGCUAGCAUCACAACAUUUGUUGGAGAUGAGAUGACAGCUCAGAUAAACAAAAAAAGUCUUUGUAAGCACAUCUUACAAGACAAUGAAGGUGUUAAAAGUCAAUCGCUGGUCAGUAAUGAAGUGCCUAUAAAUUAUUAUGGCACAAAUAUUACAAGUCUUGAUAAAGCUGUAGAGCCUCAGACAGAAAAACUACGAUCAAACAACCCAGAUGUUUUGCAGAGGAACACAAACAUUUUCAGAGACUCAAGCUUGCUGUUAGAAACCAAGAACCAAGCCUUCAAUUCGUCCGUGCCAGCAGCACCAACAAUUCAAGUUAAUAUUGCAAACCCUAUUUCUGAAAAUAUUUUCGGUAUCAUUCAUCCGACGAAUGCUUCGCAAACAGAAAAAUAUAAUAAUGUUGACAUCAAAUGUCAAAGAGACUACAGAGGAAAUAAAGAGGCUGAUGCAAACGUCAGUGGAGGAAACAGCAAAGUGGAAUUGCAGAAUAACGCCGUGACACCGUAUACCAUGUUUGACUACCGUAAUCGCCCUAUGGAAAGUUCCUCUUCUACAAACCACCCCACUUUAAACAGAAACGCGGAUGAGAUGCUUGAUGAAAGCAUACAUUCACUCAGAGUUGCCACAAAAAGUUACAACACUGCUCAUCUACAGGCACAUGUUGCCUCACUAAGUAAAGCUUCUUUGACAUCAAGAAAUCAAUUUCCCAAAGUUCAGAAGGAUGAGAAUAAUUGUCAGAACCCUUACGUGUGGGGAGAGGCUAGAAAAGUGAGCUAUCCUAGCCAUUUGCCUACACCAGUUUCCCUGCAAGGACAAUGUUAUCUGGCCAGAGCUCCGAAUAUGGUAAAAAAAUCCCAAAACGCAUCAUCGCUAUCAUUACAGGAACAGAAACAAUUUGCAGAAACCGAUAAGUUGUCUGUAGAUUACACACGCGAAUCUAUUGACACCAAUGAAAGUUCAAAGUUGACAAGGAAAAAGGUAUAUAUGGGGGAAACAAGUUUAGUAAAAGAGGAAUCAUUACGUACUCUGCAGCCCUGGACAUUCAUAGAUGACAUUACCAAGCUUAAAACUGGUAAUCUGUUGGCUCGAUGUGGUGGUAUUAGGUCCCAAAUGCAUCCCAUCUCGUCUGCUUCCAAGCAUCCUCAGUCCCCAGUGUCCACUACUGGACGGCAGCGAACUCUGGCUACAAUACAAAAUAAAAAAGAGAAAUUAUUUAAUGAUAAAAGUGAUAUCAUUAUUGAUAAACACUUUAUUCCUUCAAAGAAUGAAAAAGGAAACACUGAUGAGCAUCUUCCUCUUCCAGAUAAUGAAUAUAACACUGAUGGGCACUCUUUUCUAAAUAACGUACAAAAUUGCAUUAACGAGCAUCCCCCCCAUUCACAGAAAGGACAAGGAAGCGUUGAUAAGCACCCUCUUUUUCCAAAUAGAAAAAUUAGCAGUGAAGCACGUACUCUUUUUCCUUCAAAUAGUCGACAAAAUAGCAUCGAAGAUCAGAGUUCUCUCUCUUCAAAUAAUCAACAAAAUAGUUCUGAUGAGCAUCCUUCUCUUCCUUCAAAUAAUCGACAAGGUAGCAUUGAUGAGUGCGGUCCUCUGAAUAAUGAAGAUAGCAUCAACGAACAUUUGUAUUCUCAACAAAAAAGUCGACAAAGCAACACUAAAAAUCUGACAAUUGUAUCUAAAAAUUGCCACAAGAAGAGCAUAGAUGAUAGAGAUUUCAGUCAGGAAAAUGAUCCUAACACUGGUCAAAAUGUUACAAAUGAUCUGGCAAUAUUUCAACAAGACACAUGUCGUAGCAGAACGAACAGCAGUCAAAGAGGCAGCAGACAAAGUGGCAUUAAUUGCAACAGAAACAAAAGCAUCAAUAUUAAUUCUGGCAGUACACGUGAUAGUAACAAUGCUCGUAAUUUCUGUGGCUCUAGAUCUGGUAGCAGAGUCAGCUUUGGUCAGGACUUGUUGAGAAAAUGCCUGGAGGUUGCUGUUGAAAAAUACAGCAAUUACGAAUGGGAAGAGAACCAGAUAGAGCAGACAGGUGCAGUAGAGAAACAGUUGUCGAAUGAAGAGCUAAAUAAGUCCUUAAGUAAUGCAGUGUGCUCCCAUGAUGCUGAGAAGGCAAGAUCAUUGUUGGAAAUAGGUGCCGAUGCAAAUGUGAGCUGCGGUCAUUUGCCAGCGCUGCUGCGGGCAGCAAAUGACGGAGCACUCUACGUUGUGCAGGCUUUGCUGGCCGCAGGAGCAGACAUAGAUGCACGAUGCGACCAGGGUAAUAGUGCACUGCACGUGGCAGCACGUGGCGGACAUAGUGAGGUGGCCUUACAGCUAGUGCACAGUGGCGCUUUUGUGGAUGCUAUAAACCGCUCAAGUGUGACACCAUUGCAGAUGGCACUUGCUCAUGGACAUCUUGAGGUAGCCCGCACGCUUCUCCGCCUCAAUGCUGAUAUCUUUCUUCCUAAUAAAAUUGGCGAAACUUCUUAUGAAAUGAUGAAGCAUUUAGGCUACUUGGGGUUGUGUGAAUGUCCUCGCGAGGUGCGCAGAGACUCGGCACCAGGCACCCGAGUAGAGCAACCCUCGAUGGAAAUUCCGGUGACAGUAAAGAUGAUACUAGGCGUGGAAAAUGGGUGUCCGGUGACUGUAGAGACAUGUUUGACUGAGGGUGCCCCACCAAAUGCAGUAGUGCCCUUGGCACUUCACUGGCCAGCGCAGGCUACCGUCCUGCACCGUGCUGCUCAUCAUGGUCAUGACCUCAUUGUGCGGCUGUUGCUGGCCGCAGGCGCAGAGGUUAACAGACAGGAUGUGGUGGGCAAUACGCCACUCCAUGCCGCUGCCCAGGCAGGCCACAAUCGUGUAGUGAAGAUAUUGUUAAAACAUGGGGCACUUCAGGAAGCCACCUCACGGUCAGGCAUGACACCUUUGCACAGAGCCGCAUCCAAAGGCAAAGAACUCACCUGUAAUCUGUUAGUGAGGCGGGGCAGCAGCCUCCAGGCUCAGGACACUGCUGGUCGCACUCCUGCUGACUGGGCCAGAAAGAGGGGCUUUAAACUCCUGGCCAGGAAAUUGUUAUACCGUCGUAAAAGUAGUGGUACCUUGUUGGGUGACUGUGAGCGUCAUUACUACAUGAACCACCUCAAGCAGUUACAUGAAGCAGCACUGAAAGAGGCACAACACACAAACAUUGUGGAUUGUCAAGAAUAAAAUUGUAAAAGAUAUUAAUUAUUAUUAUAUUAUAAUUAUUAUUAUAAUUACAAGAGAGUGCUAAAUCUUAAAACUUCAUGAUUAUAAUAAGACAGUAACUUGAGCUUCGUAUUUUUAAUGCCCUUUGCAAUAUGUUGCGAUGAGAGUGGAUCCCUCCCUGGCCAAGUUCCAGGAUGUUAACAUUGU